AAAAUGAGCUGUACAAUAUAGAGAUAUAAACAUAUUAUUGGUGACAUUAAUUAAUAAUUGUACGCAAUGCCUCUUAGAAGAACACUAUCGUUUCUGUGUCUGUUGUGAUUUGUUUGUCCUAGAAGAAGGAAAAAAACACAGAAACAAACAAGAACAAAAAUGACAAAACUCACAGUUACAACGUUAAUAGGCAUAAUCAAAGACAAAGCCUCUCAAAGCAAAGCUGCGUUACUCUCCAAACCCACAACUCUCUCCCUCUUACGCGUCACAACUCACAACUCCUUCUACCCUCCAACUCACAAACAUAUAUCCACGCUCCUCUCUUCCACCGACGGCUCACGCGCCACCGCAUCAGCUUUUCUCGAACUCCUUAUGGACCGUCUUCAGAACACCAGCGACGCUGCUGUAGCACUCAAAUCUCUCAUCGUCGUUCAUCACAUCAUCAGUCAAGGAAGUUUCAUCCUCCAAGAUCAACUCUCUGUUUACCCUUACACCGGUGGUAGAAACUACCUCAACCUCUCGAAUUUCCGACGGAACACAAAUCCGACAUCAUGGGAGCUUUCCUCUUGGGUUCGAUGGUUUGCUCAGCAUAUAGAGAAUCUUCUAUGUAGUUCACGAAUCUUGGGAAUCUUCUUUCUUAGAAACUCUUUGUCGGAGGGUGAAGAGAGAGUUUCGGGGAUUACCAACGGUGAUUUGUUGAAGGAGUUUGAUUCGUUGGUGACGGUUGUUGAGGGGAUUUGCAAGAGGCCAGAUCGUGCUUCAGAUUCGAACGAAGGAAACAAAAACAAAAACAAAAACAAGUUGGUUGAUGAGAUAGUGAAUUUGGUCGGUGGAGAUUGGGUGGUGAUAGAAACUGUGGUGGUUGUUGAAGUGAGAGAGUUUAAGGAGAGGUUAGGGUGUUUGGAAUUUGGAGAAGCUGUUGAAUUGGUUUGUUGUUUGAAGAGAUUGGAAGAGUGUAGAGAGAGGUUAGUGAUGAUUUUGGAGUUACAACAAGGGUUUUGGGAAAUGGUGAGAGAUUUGAAGGAGAAAGUUGGAGUGGAGGUGUAUAAGGAAAAGGGUAAGGUGCAGAGAGAAGGAAGAAGAGUAAGGUUUAGUGAGUCGGAACGGUUUUCCGAUCGAGUUGUUAGUUCUUGUGAUUUCAUACGGUUUCCUUCUGGAAGGUUUUUGUAGUGUAAUCUGUAUACAAACUCCAAAAAAUUUAGUUUUUUUCUUAUAUUAUGUAAUUUGUGAUUAUGAUUACAAAGUAUAGGGGUUAGGGAUAUUAUUUA